AGUCUGCUUCAGUUGCUUAAUAUUUUCAGUAUUAUACAGAUAGCCGAGCAGCAAACAACUAGCCAAAUCUUAGCGGAUUUAGAAAACAAAUAUUUUGAACAAGUUGAAAAACUCACAUUAGAAAACGGAAUAAAUAAUUGCCCGUCAAUCAUGGUCAACGAAAUAAAUAAGCCCUCUGAUGGACAGGCUGCUUCCAAUCAGACACUGACCGGUACUCAAGUAGAACAGCAGCAGCAACUCAUGGAACAAAUGGAACAAUUACGUGUACAAGAGCAACAAUCAAUGGAGAGCCGAGAAGAGUAUGAGCAAACUGUAGAAUCGACAACUACGAGUAGCUGCAAGAGCUCUAUGGUGGCCGAAGAAGUAAUGCAAAUACGUUGUACUACCACAGAAGAGACAAUCGUUGAAGUAGUAGAUGCCGAUGAGGUUCCUGCCGGAGCUGAGUUGGUUGAGAAAACUCAGUUGGCCAAACGUUUGGCUGCCUCCAAUCAAGCACUAGUAGAUAUGCAAACUGAACAUAAGCAACUAAUGGAGGAAAUGGAGCAACUGCGUGCUCGUGCCGAGCAAUUGCAGAGUGUAAAGGCCAAUCAAGCGGAAAGCCUGCAGCAAUAUGAGAAAUCGGUUGAAGAAAGCUCAACAGUAAGUAGCACCUCGUCUGCGUCUGGCGUAGCCCAAGAAGUGAUGAAAGUACGCUGUACCACCACCGAGGAAGUAACCGUAGAAGAAGUUGACGAAGAUGAAAAUCCUGAGGAAGCUGCAUACAUAAGAGCAAAAUUAGCAGAACUUGCCCAGUUGAAGGCCCAAUACAAUCGUGUACAGAACUUAAUCUCCACUACCGACAUGAUAGAAAAACAUUUGUCAAAGCAAAAAGCCAACUCUUUAGCCGAAGUUAAACAAGCUGCUGAAGCCAUACGAAGUACUGCCUCUACUCUAACUAAGCAAGCCAGUCAUGAAGUUGUUCAGCAACAAAGUUCCGAAUCAGUUCGCAGUGCCACAUGCAACGCAAAGAAACAAGCAAGUCACGAAGUUGUACAGAAACAAUCUGCAGAAUCUUUACAAAGUGUAUCAUCCUCCAGCGUUACAAAGCAGGCUAGCCAUCAAGUGGUUCAGCAGCAGCAAUCUACUGAAUCAGUACAAAGUGUCUCCUCCAGCGUCACACAACAAGCUAGUCACGAAGUAAUGCAACAGCAAUCUGCCGAAUCCCUGCAAAGUGUUUCAUCUACUAGCAUGGCAAAACAAGAAAGUCACCAAGUUGUUCAGCAACAAUCCAGUAAAUCGUCCUCGUCAAGCACCGCUGUUAUGGAAGCGGCCAUAGAACAAAGCGUUUCAUCCAGCAGCUCUGAAGCCACAGUAGCGGGAGUCGAUGAAAAGCAACAGCUGUUGGUUACUAUGAUAGACAUGUUUGACGACUUCAAUAGCGAUUUAAAAAAGCAAGCUGAAGGCCUCAGAUCAGAAAGAGAGCGUAUCAAGGCAUUGAAGGAGACCAUUAUACGUUCUAAACAAGAAGGACCUAAGUAGUUUAAUAAUGAAGUGUUAUACCCAUUGUUUUUUAUUUUAAAUAAAUGUUGAAAAAGUUUUUAGAAAAAAUUUAACAUAAUAGUAUAA